AUGAGCCACCUCCUGCAAACCCUCUGCUUCCUGCUGCUCGUCAGCUCCUGCCCCUGUGCCGUCAUCACCGGGGCCUGUGAGCGGGACCUGCAGUGCGGCGCCGGGACCUGCUGCGCCGUCAGCCUGUGGCUGCGGGGACUGCGCGUCUGCAUCCCCCUGGGCCGGGACGGCGACGACUGUCACCCCUCCAGCCACAAGGUCCCUUUCUCGGGGAAGCGCCAGCACCACACGUGCCCGUGUCUGCCCAGCCUCAGCUGCUCCCGGUUCCUGGACGGUCGCUACCGCUGCUCCGGCAACUUCAAAAACAUCGAUUUCUAGGGCGAUGCUUCUGUCUCUCCAUGUCAGCCCCCAGCAGCCGUCUCCUGCCCUCCACGCAGCCGCAGGCAACCUUAGCAGUGCUUUUCCAGGCUGGACCGCGUUGUUAUGAGCUAAAUGUUAUGAGAGGAAGCUGAGGCAUGGUCAGGUCAAGCUGCUCUGACACUUGGCUUAGCAAAGCCCAGCCCCAGCCUGGAGCAGGACUCAGCUCCAGCAUCCCUUGCAGAGGAGUGGCUCAAAGUCCCAAGGUGGUGUCUGUAUGUGUUGGAUGCCACCAGGCAGCUUUCACCUCCCUCCUUGAGUUCAU